AUGGCGACAACAUCGAGUUGGAAGAGCAGUAGCGGCGGGCACUUCAAUGGGACAAUCACAACAGCGAAUGGAAAUAAGAUCACCAAGGGCCGAGGUCGCAUGGUGGUCAAGCCCAUACUGAAGAAGCUCCAAUCCGGCUCGGAGAAGAAUUCACUUGAUCUCGACCGCGGGUGGGAGGACCAGCAACACAACUGGAACGACUAUCCUGCCAGCAGAUCGGCUAGGGACGUGUCAUUUACCACGCCAGGCUUUAUGGAAUCCGGAGACGUCGGCAGCCUCAAUAGCGGGCCUAGCUUAGGCGGCAAGGUUGUGGACGUGGGUAGGCCCAAAUUUCAGCACGCCAGGUCACCAUCCGGCGCAAGCCAUGCUUCUGUUGGUACGACGGGCAGCGGGACCGGGCCGGGAAGGGGGGGAUUUGUGCACCCGUUUCAGCAGACGCCGCGGACGGCCACUCCGCCAUUACUCUCAUAUGCUGGGUCUAUGGCGAGCAUUGAUGCCGGUGCUGGCGGCGGCUGCGGGCGCGAUUACUCACCCACAAUAACGGAGAAUGAGGACGACGAUUACGCUUAUCAAACUGGAAAGAUGCACCCAUAUUCCAUGAGCCAGUCGAGCCUGCGGAGGCCUAGCCUCGCUUCACAAAGAACGGCGUCGUUUUCUGAUAUGCACGGAGUCGCACAAAGUAGCAGCAAUGCGAAAACCAGCAGGGCGGGGAGCCACAGUGCGGCUGCUGGCAAUUCGGGCAGCUCCCGCAUGGUGCACGGCGGAAUCCUCACAAGCCAACCGUCACAAUCCUUCGUUGCAAGUCCGACCUCGUCAUUCUCGGCCGCACCGCUAUCACCCCUCCGAACCUCACUAGAAAUGGGCCUGGGUGGGCUUGCACCGCGACUCCGUUCGCUGUCUGAGCAGCAGGAAACCCGUGGCAAGAAGCCCCCCUCGCUCUCGGACCCGGCGGAACAUACGCGGUUGAUGCGCGAGAGGCGCGCCAAGUUUGACGAGAAGGAGCGCCUCAAGGCCGAGAAGGCGGCUCGCAAGCAGCACAAGCACUCGGCAUCCCAACACCAGUCCAAGGACGCCGAGAAGCGUGAUCUCGAGAUGUUCCAGAGGCAGAAGCACGAGGCCGCUCUCUACAGCAGCGGCAGCAGGCCGGGCACGGCAUCCGGCGCAUCGAUCAUCUACAACCGCAGCAGCAUCAAUCGUCCAAUCUAUGGCGUCGACCAAUUCCCCAUCGUCACCAACGAGAAGAUUGAGAGCAACAUCGACAGCAAGAAGGGCAAGAAAUCCGGUUCCUUCGCCAGGGGCGCCGUCGGCGCGGCCGGAGGAUUUGAUCCCCAGCAGCAAAGGGAGCGGAAGUCGGCCAAAAACGUCUGGACUAACUUUGUGCUCUGGAUUCGGACGACCAUCUUCAAGCUCAAGAGGGGGGAUUAG